GCAACUAAAGAAUCGUUAUUAUUUAAAAGAAAUAAGUCCCUAACUUACUGUUUGAAAAUCAGGCCAUAUGUGCCUGUCACAUUUUAUCCGCUGGGGAGUUUUUAGAUUUACUUCUGAAAUAUAAAACAGAAAAAAUGCGGAAGAAAGCCACAGCCACAGCCCUGCCCAGGGGCGCCAAGGGAACCAAGGGAGCCAAGGGAGCCAAGGGAGCCAAAGGAGCCAAGGGAAACGCUCCUAUCAACGUUAAAGCAACUGGAAAUGCACCACUAAAGGUGAUAAAACAAACAGGGAAACCUACCAAUACUCCGACUGGGAAAGGUCUUGGUAAAGGAGGAGCCAGGCGUCUGGGCCAACAACUGAAACGAGCCAUCAUCCUCCAGGAGACUAAAGUCCGCGGAAAAGAUGCUCUGCCCAAGACUCCUGUUCGCCUUUUGAAGCAUCUGAUUCAAACUGAUGCCGAGAAUCCACCCGAGACGAGCACCGCAAAGCCGACGUCCUUGCCUCAUGUCCCCCUCGUCAUCCUCAAUGUGGUUUCCCUGUGCAAAAGCCGAGGUGGCAUCACCAUGGCAGAGCUGAAGCAGACGCUGGCUGAUGGAGGCGUCAAUAUCAACAAGAAGGGCAGGCCGGUGAACGUAGUGACUCAACGGCUGGUUAAAAAUGAGACACGUGUACCAACUACAAGGAACGUAUCAUUCAAACUCAACAAAGAGAAACAGACAGACACAAAGGAAGUAAAGACACACAGUGUGAAAUCCCCAAAACCAAAAGGAGAUCUGAAGCAGAGCAAAGCACCCAGCAAAUCACCCAAAGGAGCAGAAAAGCCACAGAAACAAUACAGAAAGACUCCCAAACCAAAGGGCAAGCCUCGCAGAGCAGCAGCCAAAUCAUACAAACUAACAGGCAAGAGUCGUAAAACAGCAGCCAAAUCGCGCAAAUCGCGCAAAUCAAGACGAGGGACACCCAAGGCAACAAGAAAAUCACCAAAGCCAGCAGGGAAGAAACGCAGGACUGCAACGAACCGAGCGGCACAGGUUCAAAAAACACCAAGGGCGCAGAAACGUCGACGAAAGUAAAACUAACAUCCAUAUAAAUCUUCUGGGAAAAGACAGCCACCAAGACAGAAGCCAAGGUUAAAAACACGGCAAUGUCACAUUGCUUUCUUACUACUAGCAUUUAUGAUGAGCAGUAAUAAACUAAAACCUUUCUAGCAA